GAGUCUGAAUCAACGAGUCUUUGCCGCCAACCGUAUUUGCCGUAUCCAUAAUUUAAAACUACUUACACAAAAUUGCAAAUUUUUCUACAAGUAUAUUAUUUGCCGAAAUAAAGUUUUUACUAUAUUAAACCAGAGCCAUGAUAAUUUUGGUUGUUCUGGUGGUGAUCCUGUGCUUAUAUUUGGCACAUUGGAGAGCUAAUGCGAAGCGUUUGGAUCGCGCUACCGCAUCACUGCCAGUUCCACCCUGCUUGCCUGUUCUGGGAAAUGCUAUGAUAUUUUUAGGAGACGGUGAAAAAGUUGUUAAGAAUAUUGAAGACAUAGCACAAAUAUGUUAUAAAAACAAGGGCGCGGUUAAAAUAUGGCUCGGUCCGAAGUUAUACGUGGCUAUUGGCAACGCGGAAGAUGCAAAAAUUGUUUUGGAGAACUGCUUAGAUAAGGACAGAGUAUAUCGUUUUCUGAGACCGUGGCUCGGUCGUGGUCUUUUUAUAGCUCCAUUGAAUCUAUGGAAGUCUCAUAGAAAAGUUUUACUGCCCAUAUUCCAUAACAAAGUGAUAGAAGAAUAUUUGGGUGUGAUCGGGGAACGAGCUGAAAUUCUUGUUGAGAGGCUCAGUAAAGAGGUUAACAAGGAAUAUUUUGAUGUUCUCCAAUAUGUGACUGCUUGUACUUUAGAUAUUGUUUUUGAAACGGCGAUGGGUGAAGAGAUGGACGUACAACAUUCAACAGAUUCCCCGUACCUGCGUGCUCGUCACACUGUUAUGACAAUACUAAAUAUGCGCUUUUUCAAAUUGUGGCUACAACCGGAUUGCCUAUUUAAUUUGACACCCUACGCGAAACAAUUAAGAGAAAAUAUUGCAUACACUCACAAGUUUACGGACGAGGUUGUCCGUAAGAGAAGAAUGGAAUACGAAAGGAAUAAAUCAAUAUCGACUGAACAAUCAGACGGCAAACUUCGCGCUGUCCUGGAUAUGUUAUUCGACCGCGAGAUAAAGUUCACCGACGAUCAACUUCGGGAGCACAUUGAUUCUAUAACCAUUGCUGGAAACGACACCACGGCGCUCGUCAUUGCUUAUACUUUAGUCCUGCUUGGUAUGCAUCAGAACGUGCAGGAUAAAGUAAUUCAAGAACAAGAAGCAAUUUUCGGCAUGUCUAAGCGAAAAGUGAAUAAAGACGAUAUUAACAACAUGAAUUAUUUAGAGAGAGUUAUAAAAGAAAGUAUGCGUUUAUAUUCUGUAGUCCCCAUCAUAGCUCGGAAAAUCGACAGAGAGUUAUAUUUACCUCAUUGUGGAGUUCAGUUGCCGGCUGGAACAAGUGCGGUCAUUGGCGUGUUUGGUAUUCAUCGUUCAAAAGCUGAGUGGGGUCCAAGUGCAGAGGAAUUCGACCCAGACAGAUUCCUACCUGAAAGGUCUAACGAACGGCAUCCCGCUGCUUAUUUGCCUUUCAGUUAUGGGCUCAGAAAUUGUAUUGGGCGUAACUUUGGCAUGAUUAUAGCAAAAACUAUUAUUUCAAAUGUAAUCCGGUCAUACAAAAUAGACGCUACGGGCAUUGGUCCAUUAAAGAUGGAGAUACUCUUAUUCCCCAUCAAUGGACAUCAAAUUCGUCUGACAAGGAGAUAGACAUUUUUUAUAUUUAAUUUAUAAGUAUUAUUAUUUUUUUAUUUAGUUUAAUUAUACCAAUUUAAGUUCUGAUAUAAAAUGUUAUACAUCAGUAAUAUUAAGCAUGUACUCGUAUUAACUUACAACUUAUACGAAACACCAACUUAUAAAAUGAUAUACAUAAUAUUUAUUAUGGUUAAACGGUGACUUGAUGAUUUAUGAAGGAUUUAGAGUUUAAAAAUAUUUAUAAAUAUAUAAAUUUUGUAAAUGUAUAAUAUAUUCCUCACCUAAACUCAAUUAUAUUUGUUAUUAAAUAAAGUUGUAUUUGUUUAUAAUAAAGAAAAUCAACACGAUAUAAAUUAAGUUUUUAUUAUACUUAUACUUUAAUCAAGAACCGUCACAAACUUUUAAUUUUAUCAUAUUUUUGCAUUUAAUAGAAACCCGAUUACUAUGAUUUUGUUUGCUUAUUUCUCAUAAGUAAUAAAUACUCGUAAUAUUUGUUUAUGCGCGGGCGAGGUGAACGCGUUAACGAUUUCGUCUUAGCCCAGCGUCACUAGUUUCAAAGUUAAACCUAUGCCCGUCUUACUACAAAACAUGAUUUAUUGAUAGUCUCGGGUUUAGACUAUGGUUUAUGAAUGUUUCUAAUUAAAGAAUUCCCUUAGACGCUGUUUUCAAUUUUAACAUCUGUUAUCAAAUUCCAUACAUUGUAAUUAAUAGAAUCCGUUACUUUGCGGAAAUCCAUUAUAUUAAAGUUUUAUUUUGACAAUAUCCUACCAUUUGCUAAGUUCUUAGCGGUCAGCCACCGCAGAGUCUACUACACGCGAGGAUGCCUCGUGUAGACGCGAAGCUCGUGUCGUAUUAUCGUCAGUGGUGUGUCUUCCCUAGUGUAGUGGUGGUGGGAGGGCGGCAGGUGCUCUUCAAACAAGGUAAGACACAUCACAUCAUCAUAAAUAAAUCUUUUUUUUGUAAUUGAUUUGUUCAUUGUUUUUUUUUUUAAUUUAUUUAACAGUGGUAGAGCCACGCGGCAGCUUUUGCUGUCGCACGGAUGGGCCGGCUCGAACCGGGGUGGUACCACGACCUCACAGAAAACCAGCGUGAAGUAGAGGCUUACCUCUGCGUUUCGCUUGGUGAGUGCAGGUGGCCGGAGGCCCUUUUUACUGGAAAUGAGGCAUUCCAUCUUAGUCCUCACAGGUGACAACGCAUCUACAUUUUGAUUUGUAAUAGAGGAUAGAUGUAGAUGUCUAUGGGCCACAGCAACCACUUACCAUCAGGUGGACUGUGUGCUCGUUUGUCACCCUUAUCCUAU